ACAAGUGUUCUACCUCCGGCGCUUGCGCAGUGAGGAUUGCCCGGUUGCUGGUGCACCUUCCCGGGAGGAGAUGGCUUUAAGCGGCUGCUGGAUUCGGGCCCUUGCUGGGGGCGUUAAAAAGAGCCUGCAGCCGGCUGGAAGCUGGACUUCCGCUCGGGCUGCCUCCGGCCUUUCAAAGGACAUGCUGCCGGGUCCAUAUCCCAGAACACCAGAAGAAAGAGCAUUAGCAGCAAAGAAAUACAACAUGAGAGUGGAAGAUUAUGAGCCGUAUCCUGAUGAUGGAAUGGGACUUGGUGACUACCCAAAGCUACCAGACAGGUCACAGCAGGAGCGAGAUCCAUGGUAUGCCUGGGAUGAACCUGACCUGCGAAGGAAUUGGGGUGAACCGAUGCACUGGGAUUUUGACAUGUUCAUUCGGAAUCGGGUGGAUACCUCCCCAAGUCCCAUGGACUGGAUUACUAUGGUUAAACACUUCAGUGGCUUCCUAGGAUUUAUGCUGUUCAUGUUCUAUGUUGGGGAGUUAUUUCCUUCAUACCAGCCUGUGGCUCCAAAACAGUAUCCUUACAAUAACCUUUAUCUGGAGAAUGGAGGUUCACCUGAUGAAGAACCACCCCAAGUGAACCACUAUGAAAUAUAAUUAGAUUUCUGUGGCUGAUUGCUGGUUAUAUGUCAAUUUGGAGUUUAUCUUUUAUGUGUAAUGAAAUCAAUGACAUUAAUAAAAUCGCCAUCAUAUUUAUGAAAAAUGUGUUCCAAUUACUUUGCAGGAUGACUCUAAAGGCUAUAAUGGAACAAAUCUAGGAAAUGCAAAAGGAACUAAUCCACUACACAGGGUUUUAUGUUUCAGUUGCCUUUCAUACUCAAGUUAUCACUUUUGAAAUGAAUCAGAACUAUCAAUAAGAACAGAUUUCAUUGCGCUGGCACUGUUUUUGAGACAUAACCUCUCUUAUUCACUUGGACCAUAAGAAAUAGGAACAGGCCAUUCAGUCCCUCGAACCUGCUCUGCCAUUCAAAAUGAUCAUCACUCAUCCAUCAAUCCUUGUCCACUUUCUAUCCUUUCCCCAUAACCCUUGAUUCCUUUACUGAUUAGAAAUGUAUGUAUAUCAGGGUUAUAUCUAUAUCCAAGGACAAUGCCCCUACUGCUCUCUAUGGCAAGGAGAUGUAAAAACUCAACCGUCCGAGAGACAUUCUUUCUCAUCUCAGUCUUAAAAGGGCACCUGCUUUCUGAGACUAUGCCCUCUAAUGCUGGACUGUCCCAAGAGGGCAAACAUACUCUCCAGCUCCCUUAAAAAAAAAUCUUGUUUCAUUGCCUCUCGUUCUUUUACACUCCAAUGAGUAGAGUCUCACCUUCUUUAACCUCAUCUCAAAGAACAAUCGCUCCAUACCCAGGAUCAUCUAAGUUCACCUUCUCUGAACUGCCUGCAAUGAAAUAAUAUCUUCCUUAGUUGUUCACUGUACUCUAGAUGUGGUCAAAAUUGAGUUUAUUGUCAUAUGCACAAGUAUGUGUGUGCACAGGUGCAAUGAAAAACUUGCUUGCAACAGCAUCACAGGCACAUAGCAUCAUAUAAGUAGCAUUCACAAGAAAAAAAUUAUACACAAUAUUUCAAGAAAGAACACAAUUAGAACAAAAAAGAAAGUCCAUUUUAGUGCAAAGUGAUCAAAAUGGUCACAGUGUUGCUAAACUGUAGUGAUUAGAAUUGUGCUAAUUGGUUCAAGAACUGAAUGGUUGAAGGGAAGUAGCUGUUCUUGAACCUGGUGGUGUGGGACUUAAGGCUUCUUUCCCUCCUGCCCCAUGGUAGCUGCGAGAAAAUGGCAUGGCCCAGAUGGUGGGGAUCUUUGAUGACGGAUGUUGCCGCCUUGAGCCAGUGCCUCCUGUAGAUACAAUCGAUGGUGAGGAGGAAUGUGCCGGUAAUGUACUGGGCUGAGUCCACGAGACUCUGCAGUUUCUUGCGUUCCUGUGCAUUCGAAUUGCUGUACCAGACCAUGGUGCAACCAGUCAGGAUACUUUCAACAGUACAUCUGCAGAAGUUUGUUAGUGUUCAGUGACAAGCCGAACCUCCUUAACCUCCAAAGAAAGGAAAGACGCUGGUGUGCCUUCCUUGUGAUUGUAUCUAUGUGCUGGGCCCAAGACAAGUCAUCCAAUUAUGUUAACGCACAGAAAUUUAAAGCUGCUGACUCUCUCCACUGCUGAUCCUCCAAUAUAGACUGGCGUAUGUUUGCCCUCCUUCCCCUUCCUGAAGACAAUAAUCAGCUUUUUGGUUUUAUGAUGUUGAGCGAGAGGUUGUUGUUGCGGCACCACUCAGCCAGGUGUCCUAUCUCACUCCUGUAUGCUGACUCAUCACCACCCGUGAUUUGUCCAACAACAGUGGUGUCAUCAGCGAAUUUGUAUACUCACUAAUGCUUUGUACAGUUGCAGUAAGACUUCCCUACUUUUAUGCUCCAACUCCCUUGAAAUAAGGGUCAACAUUCCAUGAGACUUUUCUAUUAUUUGCCGCACUUGUGUGCUAGUUUUCUGUGUUAAUGCACAAAGACCCUCGAUUCCCUUUGUGCUGCAGCUUUCUGUGUUUUCUCUCUCCUUUUAAAUAAUGGUGUCUUUUUGUUCUUCCAUCCAAAAUGAACAACUUCAUAUUUUCCCACAUUAUACUCUAAUGGGCAAAAAUAUCUCUGUAAGCUGAUGGUAUCUUCCUCUCAACUUGCCUUCCCACCCAUUUUUGUAUUGUGCACAAAUUUAUGUUUUGUAUAUUUGUUUUCUUCUUCCAAAUCAUGAUUAUAUUUUGUAAACUGUUACGACCCCGGCCCUGAUCCUUCGGGCACUACUCUGGUCACAAGUUACUUUGGAACCAGUUGUAUGGUCACCGUAUAUCCAGGGUUUCCCAUAUAAGAUUUGACCUUACUUGAUUUAUCACCAGAUCAAAUUUUUUUGUCCUGUUUCUCCCAGGUGCAGUCGUCCAGAUGGUAGGUGAACCUGGGAGGCUUUUGGUAGAAAGGAAAUCUGUGCAAUAAAAGUCAAAUUGUGGGGGAAAAGUUUUACCGUACCGCUUUGAAAACUUCCACUGACUCCAUAGUCAUUAAACUUCAAUUAUUGACCAUUGACGAUGAUGUAUUGUAUAUAGCAUUUAAAAUAAUAAAAAUGUACUGAAGUGUU